AUGCUUAAGCGCCGAAACAGGGUGUGGAAAGCGUUUGGCGCUCACGGAUCUAACUAUGACCAAUACAAGGUGCUGCGUAAUACGAGUUCUGAAAUGAAAUCCAGAAAACGUUGGGUUUACGAGGAAGCCCUGGCAGCCGAAGCGGCCUUCAUGCCGAAGCGUUUUUAUGCAUACCUCCGUCGCCGCACGCGUGCAACGGCUGACAUACUAUCGUUGGAGAAUAACGGUGCCCUGGCAGAAACCGAUGCUGACAAGGCGGAAGCUUUUGUGCAACACUAUGUGUAUGUUCACGCCACCGAUACAUCACCGACCCCCCAACUGUCGUGUUCUGCGCCUCUGCUGUCUUGGCAAGUCAUCUUGGUAGACGAGGUGUGUGAUGCACUUUCGGCUCUGAAACCGUACCAGUCACCGGGUCGAGACGGACUACAUUCCAUCGUGCCGAAGGUGCUGGCGCCGGUCAUUGCACCUACCUUGGCCAUCUUGUUCAAACAAUCAUUGACCGAGAGGAGGUUGCCCGCCGAGUGGAAAACCGCGACUGUACGCCCUCUCUUCAAAGGAGGAGCCCGCGGGGACCCCGUCAACCACCGCCCAGUCAGUCUCACCUGUGUGGCUGUCAAGGUGAUGGAACGUGUACUCGCCAAGCGACUCCGGGAACACCUGCUACCGAAUUAUCUUCUGUAUCCAGAGCAGUAA